AUGGUAUCUCAAACAUCCGGGUACAAUGGAGCUAUCGAGCAGCUGAGAGGCGCUGAGUUUCCCAUGCUCAAUGAUUCGAUAUAUCUUGACCAUGCGGGCGCGACCGUGCCACCGAAGGCCCUGAUGGACGAGUUCGCUGCAGAGUUGACAUCGGUGCUCUACGGCAAUCCUCAUUCUGGCUCGCUGCCCUCCCAGCUGUCCACAGACAGGGUGGACGAUGUGCGGCUACGCUUGCUGGAAUUCUUCAACGCGGAUCCAGAUGCGUACGACCUCAUCUUCGUUGCAAACGCUACUGCCGGCGUAAAGCUGGUGCUGGAAGGCUUGCGGAAUGUCCCGGGGGGGUUCAAUUACGCGUACCACCAGGCUUGCCACACAAGCAUAGUUGGCGUCCGUGAAGAGGCAAAGCGCAGCGUAUGUGUGAGUGAUGAGCAAGUUCAUCGCUGGAUACAAGGACGUAGCCCGAUCUCGGAUGAUGAUGGGUCGUCCACAACGCUCUUUGCGUACACGGCGCAGUCGCACAUGGAUGGGCGGCGGUAUCCCAUCUCAUGGGCUAGAGACAUCAAAGCCUCGCAUCGGAUAUUCACCCUCUUGGAUGCUGCGUCUUUUGCAGCAACGUCACAGCUCAACAUGUCGCAUCCCGACUUCUCUGCCGACUUUGUCGUUCUGAGUCUGUACAAAAUAUUUGGGUUUCCAGAUCUGGGCGUCCUGCUUGUCCGAAGAUCCGCCGAGCAUUUAUUUGACCAGCGAAAAUACUUUGGAGGCGGCACUGUCGACAUGAAGACGGCACGCUACCAUUUCACAACAUCAUCGCCGCCGGGAUAG